ACGGUGUUCAGUCCGCCUCGUGGUGGGUUCAAGUGGUUCAGAGUGACUCCCGGUGCUCUUCCCUCCGGCUGCUGUGAGACGUCCACAGACACUUGCACGGAAUGAGACAACAGCCCUGCUGCUGCUCACUUCCUGAAUCCACAACAACAGACGGAGCGCCGCUGUGUGUCAGGAGCAGCCGACACACGCCGAGUUUGUCUCGAUAACAGCAACUUUGAGGCGGUUUGAAAUCCAGCAUCGUCGGAUCGCGUUGACGAGUGUGGCCGCUGCUGUGCGAUGGUGGAGGCUCCAGCUGUCUGUCUGUUCGAGGACAUCCAGUAUGAAGACAUUCAAGUGGAAGCGGCUGUUGGCAGAGGGACGUUUGGAGUCGUCUUCAAGGCCGUGUGGAAAGGAAAGGAUGUGGCCAUCAAGACCAUCGAGAGUGACAAUGAAAGGAACGCUUUCCUGGUCGAGCUCCGCCAGCUCUCCCGGGUAAAUCACCCCAACAUAGUUAAGCUGUAUGGCUCCUGUGACAAUCCAGUCUGUUUGGUUAUGGAGUAUGCAGAAUGUGGCUCUUUAUAUAACAUCCUUCACAGUGCCGACCCUCAGGCCCAGUACACAUCGUCUCAUGCCAUGAGCUGGUGUCUGCAGUGCGCCAAGGGUGUUGCCUACCUGCACGCUAUGAAGCCCAAGGCCUUAAUUCACCGGGACCUCAAACCACCAAAUCUGCUCCUAGUGGCUCGGGGUACAGUGCUGAAGAUAUGUGACUUUGGCACAGCUUGUGAUAUCCAAACGACCAUGACCAACAAUAAAGGCAGUGCAGCGUGGAUGGCACCGGAGGUCUUUGAAGGCAGUAACUACAGUGAAAAGUGUGAUGUCUUCAGUUGGGGUAUUAUCCUGUGGGAGGUCAUCACACGCAAGAAGCCCUUCGAUGAGAUUGGUGGCUCAGCAUUUUGUAUAAUGUGGGCUGUCCACAGAGGUACACGGCCUCCUCUCAUCAAAUACCUCCCUGAGCCCAUCGAGACUCUGAUGACCCGCUGCUGGGACAAAGAGCCCAGCCAGAGACCGUCUAUGGAGGAGGUGGAGAACACCAUGAGCCAUCUCAUGAAGUAUUUCCCAGGUUGUGAGGAACCACUGCAGCUGCCUCACCAGUCUUCAGCCAGCAGGAUUUCAUCAGCCACCAGUUCAGCAGGUUCGUACGCCGACUACACCAACAGCAAUAGAAGUGACGACAAUGCGGAUUACAGAAACUCAGAGGGCAGAGAGGAAACCCUAAAAAGCUCUGAGUCCAAAUUUCCACUUCAGUUCAAACCUUCAAAGACAGCCACAUUGCGCACUGGUUUGUCCAAGGUGUCCAAUGUGGACAGUCAACCAGGACGCUCCCAAAGCCCCACCUACUGCAGCAGCCCUGUAACCACCACUAACCAAUCAGAGCUGAGGAUGAUAUUUAGUCCAACAGCUACCAAUGGUGUGGACAGCUCCAUUCCCAUCGCCUACCUGAAGCUGGACCACCAGUUGCAGCCUCUAGCUCCCUGUCCCAACUCCAAAGAGUCCAUGGCUGUGUUUGAGCAGCACAUCAGGAUGGCUCAGGAGUUCCUCAAGGUCCAGUCAGAGAUCACUCAACUUGUCCAGAGGAAACAGGAGCUGAUGUCGGAGCUGGAGGUGGACCAGGGGGAGCAGCACUCUUCAUCUCGACUCAUCCAGGAGCACAGGAAGCUGCUGGAGGACAACGGCCACCUGUCGGCCCGCCACCAGGGCCUGAAGAGCAAACUGAGCCUGAUAAGGAGUCAGAACCAGCAGCACAGCUAGAACAGGAGGCUGGGCCACAGCGACUCAUCUACACCCUCUCUGUUGUUUUAACUCUGCUCUCUUCUGGACUCCCUCUUCUCCUCAAGGAGGAAAUGAAACACUUCCACAGAAAGAGAAAAGUAGGGAAGCCCAUCAGCCUGAGAAAAUUUGACAUUUACCAACUCAAAGCAAUUUAUCCAGACAACAUGAUAAUUAAAUCCAAAGCUUUAAAGUGCGCCUGAAAUGUAAGUUAGUUUUGUAAUGAAAGAGAAAAAAUUACAAGGCAGCUGUCACAGAUGUUUUGUGUGGUUCAAACCUCAGAGUGGGUUUUUCCAUGAUAUCUGAGUGACAGCUGAAAGCUUGUAAUGGACAGACCUGCCACCAUGUUAAAGUAAAUGUCUGGUGUUUUGAACCUGGGGCUUACUCUCAUUAAUUUAGUUGAUUCUGACAACUUGUCAACUUCACACUCGCCUCCACUGUAAGGAUUUGUAAAAACCUAAAACCUGGACAGAAAAAUUUAAUUUCAGACAUUUAUGUCGAGACACAAAGUAUUUCCAUUCACACAAGUAAUCCCCAACUGUUUAUGUUAUUAAGAAACAGCUUUAGGUGUCAAUUCCUUGUGAGGUUGUUAGUGAACUUAGCUUUUACCAAGUGAGUUGUAUUUUGUUGUAUUUUCUUUUUUUAAUUCUUGAAAACUGACUACAACUGAUAUUUGUAAAUCCUUCUUACUUUUAUAUAUUCUGGUUAUCACAGCAUUUGUAUUGUGUAUUAUGAAAAGAGGAAGGCGGGGUGGGCUGAAUCAUGUUACUGUGAAUACAAACAAGUGUUACCAAAGCAGUUCUGCUUCAGACACAUGCUGCCUGCGAGAAAAAGAACAGCUGUGUAGAAAGGUUGUUGUAAAUAACUGUAGAAUAAUGAACCUGACAGACUCUUAUCUGUUAGCGUUCUGUUGUUUUUAGGUCCUUUUUACUUAUUUCACAGAAUUUAAUUAAUAUUAUUCUACACUGCACUAUCUGGGUCAAAGAGAUCUACAGCAUGUGAUGUAGUCUCGGUUUAGUUUGGUGAUUUCUAUGACAGUGCGUUCCUCUGGCACUCUGAUUGUUGUUUAAAUGCAGUUGUUCAAACGUUGCCUUAGGGUUCUUGUACAGUUUAUUUUCUCACAUCAAGUUAUUUCAUAAAAUAUGACACAUUUCUUCAGUGAUUUUAAAAUGUACAGACUGUACCUAUAUGGUUUUAUAAAGUAAAGAAAGUGUGAAGUA